CAGGCACCUCGGCAGCGGUGGAAGAACAGAGGUGAAAGUUCGUAGCUGGGCAGCCGUGCUGGAGAACUCACGAAUUAGGAGGGAAAUAUGGGUGAAAAUCAAGAUUUUUCCGUUUCUUUACAAGACGGCAAGGCUGCAUACAUACUCAGCAAUGUUGCCGAAGUGGUUGAACGAAUCCUGACGUUCGUACCAACCAAAUCGCUUCUCCGGAUCGCAAGUGUGUGCAGACUGUGGCGAAACUGUGCCCGUAGAGUGCUGAGGACUCAGCAGCAGCUGACCUGGGUGUCAGCCUGUGGGCCGUCUAACACAGAGGUCCAUGCCCUCUGCAGCAUUCUGGCUGAGGAGGUGGAGAAAGUGUUUCUCCUGCCCAAAACAGUUCUGGCAAUGGUAGACUGUGAGGCCUUCAAUGGACAAGCUUAUUGCUACAGACAGAGUAAAGCAAAAAAGAGUCGCCACAGUCCAGACACAGUUGAAGAACUGAACCUGCUCUUCCCCAAAGGCUGUGACAUCAUGGGCAUUGCUACACCAGGCAUAGUCUUGACUCCCAGUGGCUCUUGCUCCAGCCCUCCUAAAGAGUACCAGGAAGGGGAGGCUGGCUUUGCAAUCAUGUUGCCCAGCAUGGAAGGUGUCCACAUCAAGCCCUUUCAUUUUUGCAAGAAGUCCAUCUCCCCAACAGCCCUGAAAGAAGCAGGGCUAGUUGACAACCCAGAGCUGCGUGUGGUACUGAUCUUUUUCUAUGAGGCAUAUAGAACUGGAGGAGCACGCUUCCUCAGCCAGAUACUGGAGCCGCUGGCCAAGAGCAAAGCUCUCAUUGCUGGAGGGCUGGUAGAAAGUGUCUUCUCUCCUACCAGACACUGCUGUAGCCAGGGUGCAUACGGCGUGGUGGGCCUGGCCCUGAGUGGCCCUAAAGUGCAGGGGGCAUCUGUGCUCUUGGACCAAGACAUCAGCAACCCAAAGGCGGCUGAGGCCAUGAUCGGUCGGCUAAAGGCAGCCAAAAUUCCGGAGAGGAACACCCUAGGGUUCAUGUUCGCCUGUGUGGGGAGAGGCCAGAACUACUACAACAACCAGACCAACGUGGAGGCUGACGCUUUUCACAAGGUGUUCCCCAACACCCCGCUCUUCGGCCUGUUCGGCAACGGGGAGAUUGGCUGCAACCGUAUCGUUAAGGAUGACUACACGCUGUGCGACACUGACACGGACAGUCUGCAGCAUGAGUACACUACAGUCAUGACCCUGGUCCAUCUAGGCUGACUGACUGACUUACAGUGACAAUAGACAAACAGGAAAAAAAAGACGACCCAUCAUGCUCCUGUUUGCAACAGCGGUCGGGAACAAGAAACAUUCUGUACAGUUUUACUCACAUUAUGACGCAGAAUAUCGCUUUCACCAUUUCUGCUCCUAAAGCAGGAAAAUUAUCCCUUUAGCUGUCAAUGUAAUUAUGGCAUCAUUUGGGAAAUUGUGUCCCUUGGAGACUGUGUGUGUAAACACAUCUUCAUAUUAAAACUGGUGUUUCACAAAGUUCAGAUAUGACAAACCGAUCAUCUCUUAUUACAUUACAUUGAAAUGUGAUAAAAUGUGUUUAUAUUUUCCCCAAAUUACUCACACAUUCAAGGCAUAUCUUACCUCUGACAUCGACCUCAUGGUCUGUUUGCUUUGCAGGUGAGUAAAGUAUAUACACUUGUGUGUCCCACAAGCUAUUGCUAUAGUUGUUGAUUCAGCGCAGGCACUUUUUAUUCAUGUAAGUAAGAGGAGUGUGGUCCCUCUUCCCGGAAAAUCAAGGCGAUCUUGAUUUGAAUGCUCUUCCUUGUUAUGUAGGUUUUACACUUAUGAUUUUUACACUUUUGUCUUACCAAUGGAAAAACAAAUAAACCGUGUUUGCCUACAAAAUAAUACUCUUUUGCAAGAUAUUUAUCUACCAUGGUUUAAUUGGGCACAGGGAAGUCAGUCAGAAUCUUACAGUGCCUCUUUUUUUUGUCCACAUUUUGUCAGGUUAUAUCUACUACUACCUACUUCCCACUGUUAAACCUUAACUUCUUCCUAAAACAGAAGAGAGAACAGGGCAGAGCGGCUGAUGAAGAUGUAAUGCCUAAUGUCAGAAGAAAUGUGAUGUAUUUGCUGUAGAUGAUGAUGUAUUUGGUAUUGUUUACUAAAGUAAUAAAUGAUAAUGGUUCUUUUUGAAAUCUUCAUAGUCUGAGAUUAACUACCUAGUUGCAUGUUGGAAAAAACGGUCAAGAUUUUAUAGAUGCCUUUUAUACAAUACAAUAUUGGUCUCUGUCAAAAUCCAGUAAUUAUCCAUUAUUUUCUAGUUGGCCUGGUCAUUGAUUAAUGUCAUGCUUUUUCCCCACUAGAAGAAUAUCCUGAUGACAUGAAGGUGCAAUUUCCUGUGUUUGUGUUGUGUAUAUGCUGUAACAAUGAUUGUUGCAAGAAUGGAUGUUUUCAAGAAAGUUAUUUUACAAAAGAAGAAUUGGAAGUCUCUUCUUUGUAUCAUAAUACACAGUUCUGCCCUUGUAGUUUUUGAAGAGGAAAUUAAAAUGUAGCCUCUUUUAAGUUGGUGUUUAUGGCUCAUUGAACAAAGUUUUGGUGUUGAUGCACUUUUCUACAUGUGCCAAAUCAUAUAUGUUCUGCUCUUUUCCUCAAUAAAUUACGAACAUUCAA